AUGCCAGAUCCCAGCGACUACACCAUCGGCUGGGUCUGCGCCGUCGAGAAAGAGCUCAUCGCUGCUCAAGCGUUCCUUGACGAAGAUCAUGGCGAACUAGACUCGCAGCCGGCUAACGACAACAAUAACUAUACCCUCGGUCGGAUAGGCAAGCACAAUGUGGUCAUUGUGGUACUGCCGCACUGGGAGUACGGGCUCGUGAAUGCUGCGAACGUUGCUAGGGAUAUGAUACGCAGCUUUCCAAAUCUCAGAGUUGGCCUCAUGGUUGGCAUCGGCGGUGGUGCUCCGGCCAAGCACGAUAUCUGCCUGGGGGACGUCGUCGUCAGUUCUGCUGGCUAUGCGCAUGGCGGCGUGUACCAGUACGACUACGAGAAGACUAUCCAGAACAAGGCCUUCAUUCCCACGGGGUUCUUGAACAAGCCACCAACAUUCAUAAUGGCUGCAGCGGCCGCACUUAACGCUACUUAUCGGAUGAAGGGACACCAGCUUAAGAAAGCAAUUGAGAGCGCCCUUGAUCGAUUUCCAAGGCUGCAACAUGAGUUUCGACAACCAAACGCUAGCACGGACCGGCUUUACAAACCCGAAAUCCUCCAUACCGCUAGAGACGACGAGGACUGCUUGGCUGCUUGCGGAGACGACGAGUGGAAACUGACUAUCCGACGUGCACGAUCGGCGGAUGACGAUGAUCCCGUCAUACACUACGGCCUUAUUGCUUCCGCCAACCAACUCAUGAAGGACGCCUCAAUUCGCGAUAAGAUUUCGCUCGAAAAGAACGUGUUAUGCUUCGAGAUGGAAGCUGCUGGACUGAUGAAUCAAUUUCCGUUCCUCGUCGUCCGCGGCAUUUGCGACUAUGCUGAUAGUCACAAGAACUCGCUUUGGCAAGGCUACGCUGCAAUGACAGCAGCCGCGUACACGCGGGAUCUCCUCCACAGGAUCGCACCAAACAAGGUGGAGGCCGAGAAAAAGUUGGGCGAUAUCUUGUUAGAUGAUUAG